AUGCGAAGAACAGUCGACCAGUGUCCUGCCGACAUUGUCUUAGCACCAUCAUGGUGCCCUUUGACUGACCUCGAGUAUGCCGACGAUGUUGUUAUAUUCGCAGAAAGCAGUACGAAACUUCAACAUGUUGUCAACCUUGUAUCGAAGCUGGCUGCAGCCCAGGCUCUGAUAAAUGCAAGCAGAUGUGAAUCUCUUCGAGACCUCGAACGGGAAUCAGGGUGGACGGACAACCGAUAG